AUGACCACGGGCGUGUAUCGCAAAAUGGACCGCCUCUCCAUCAGUUCGCGACUGGCCAAAGCCAAGAAGUAUGUCCAGACCCGCGAGGCACCAGAGAAGGGCGCUGCCUAUUUCAACGAGGACCUGCUUCCUACGCCGCCUGACCAUCGAACAUGGACGGCCCUUCACUUUUUCACUUACUACCUCACCACGACCUUCUCCCCUAGCAGCUACAAUCUAGGCGCAACCUUAAUCAGUCUGGGUCUGCGCUGGUGGCACUGCAUCCUCGCCGCCAUAAUCGGCUCCUUCAUCCUUUCUAUCAUUGUCGUCCUCAAUUCCCGCGGGGCAACCCGCUACCACGUCGGCUACCCCGUCUACGUGCGUGCAUCGUCUGGCGUCGGUGGUUCGCGUCUCUUUGUGACCGUCCGCGCCUCUGUCGCAAUCAUCUACUUCGCGACCCAGUCCUACUACGGCGGGAUGAUCACCUCCGUCUGCCUGCGCGCAAUCUUCGGAGCCAGCUGGGUGAACCUGCCGAAUCGGCUUCCUGAAUCUGCGGGCAUAACCAGUCGCGACCUGCUGGCUUUCUUUAUCUUCUGGAUCCUCCAGUUUGGGGUCAUGUUUCUGCACCCAACUGUUUUGCGGCAUUUAUUCGUUAUCAAGGCCGUCUACACGACUGUCGCUUUACUCGGCGUCUUGGGAUGGGCUGUGCACAUGAACGGCGGCAGUCUAGGAGAUUUUGCAUUCGACACUCAGGUGACUCUUCAUGGCUCAGCACUCGUCUGGCCUAUGAUUCAGGCGAUUAACAGCGUCAUGGGCGCGCUCUGUCCGAUUCUGGUCAACCAGCCCGAUGUUGCAAGAUACGCGACGAGACCCUCGCAGGCGACUUGGUCCCAGUCGCUGGGGAUCCUGAUCAGUAAAGUGCUAGUUAUGUUCGUGAGCUGUGCAACCACGAGCGCGACGACACAUUUCUUGGGCCAGAGUUUCUGGAAUGUCUGGGAUUUGUACAAUGAGAUCCUGGACCAGUACUGGGGUUCUCAAGCGAGAGCGGGGAUGUUCUUCGCGGGCCUUGGCAUGGUUCUCGCCAUCAUCGCCACCAACGCCGGUACGAACUCCCUCCCUGUGGGCGCCGAUCUCUCAGGUCUCCUACCGAGAUAUAUCAACAUCGUCCGCGGCCAGGUCCUCUGUGCAGUACUCGCACCGCUCUGCGUCCCUUGGAAGAUAAUCUCAAGCGCACAAUCAUUCCUCACAUUUCUCGGUUCAUAUACCGUCUUUCUCAUGCCGACUUGCGGGGUUAUGAUUGUCGACUACUGGAUUAUCAGGCGCGGCAACUUCCACGUCCCUUCUCUCUACACGAAAGAGCCAGGCACGGUCUAUUCUUACUUCCAUGGGUGGAACCUCCGCGCAGUAGCGGCAUGGGCUGGGGGCGUGGCAUUUACGGUGCAUGGUAUUGCAGGGAGCUUAGGAGACGGAGGAGCUGUUGCGCAGGGGAGUAAGAAUAUGUAUAAGCUGGGGUUCUUGUUGAGCUUCGGAAUGGGUUGUUUGCUUUAUUACGUGUUGACAUUGUUCUGGCCGGUGAGAAUCCUGGAGAGGGGAUUUAGUGAUAAUGGAGGGAAGGGGAUGGGCUUUGAGGAGAUGGCGAGAUGUGAGGGGUUCCUCGAGGGCGAGAGUGUGGACGCAAUUAGGGCUGGCAUUAGGGGCAGCGUAGAUGAGCAAACUGAGAAGGGAGUCCGGAUCGAGGUUGGAGUUAGGGAGGUUUGA